CCAGCUGCUACAUACAGCACGUCGACCCUUAGGUGUUCGAUGACUAUUUUUGCCCUAUCAUUAAAAACAAAAGAAAAACCACUUCCUUGUCUACUCCCGUUCUUUCACUGUUUCCCAUUGUCGGCUCUCCCCUACCAAUUUUCCGUCCAUCCUAGUUUAUCUUUUUCGAUACAUUCUUCUCUGUUCCUCGCACGGGCAUUUCGGCGAACAGAUACAGUGCAGUCUUGGAGAUUGAGUGCUGGGAUCUUCGAUUCGUCCCUCCAGUGUCGGGAGUUUGCGGGAAAACAUGAGCUUCAGAGAGGAGAAUGAAGAGGGGAGGGAUCUUAGGAAGCCCUUCUUGCACACGGGAAGUUGGUAUCGGAUGGGCUCCAGGCAAUCCAGCAUGUUGGGCUCUUCUCAGGCAAUUCGCGAGAGCUCCAUAUCGGUUGUUGCCUGCGUCUUAAUCGUUGCUUUGGGUCCUAUUCAGUUCGGCUUCACUUCGGGUUACUCAUCGCCUACCCAAUCUGCAAUCGUAGAGGAUCUUGGUCUUACCGUCUCAGAGUUCUCCUGGUUUGGUUCGUUAUCAAAUGUAGGAGCUAUGGUUGGGGCAAUAGCCAGCGGUCAGAUUGCAGAGUAUAUUGGACGAAAAGGGUCUCUGAUGAUUGCUUCCAUCCCAAAUAUCAUUGGAUGGCUUGCCAUUUCCUUUGCCAAAGAUUCUUCUUUUCUGUACAUGGGAAGAUUGCUAGAAGGCUUCGGUGUGGGCAUAAUUUCUUAUACGGUGCCUGUAUAUAUAGCUGAAAUUGCACCUCAGAACAUGAGAGGAAGCUUGGGCUCAGUGAAUCAGCUAUCAGUUACUAUCGGGAUAAUGCUGGCUUAUCUGCUGGGACUUUUUGUCGAGUGGAGGAUACUUGCUGUUUUAGGAAUAUUGCCAUGUACAAUAUUGAUACCUGGUCUGUUCUUCAUCCCAGAAUCCCCCCGCUGGCUGGCUAAAAUGGGCAUGACAGAAGAAUUUGAAGCUUCUUUGCAAGUUCUUCGAGGCUUUGAUACUGAUAUUUCACUUGAAGUGAAUGAGAUCAAGAGAGCUGUCGCCUCAAGCAGCAGAAGAACUACCAUUCGAUUUUCAGAGCUCAAACAAAGAAGAUAUUGGUUCCCAUUGAUGGUUGGGAUUGGUUUGCUUAUCCUGCAACAGCUUAGUGGGAUAAAUGGGGUUUUAUUCUAUUCUAGUACCAUUUUUGAAGAUGCUGGGGUUACAUCAAGCAAUUUAGCAACAGUUGGAGUUGGUGCUGUUCAGGUUAUUGCAACUGGAGUUACUACUUGGUUGGUGGAUAAAGCAGGCCGCCGGCUUCUACUUAUUGUUUCCUCAGCUGGGAUGACUGCUAGCCUUCUUUUGGUUGCAGUGUCCUUCUAUGUGACGGACUCCGUAUCAGAGAGUUCUAGUCUCCAUAAUAUUUUUAGCAUCUUGUCAGUGGUUGGGGUUGUGGCUAUGGUAGUUGCAUUCUCGCUAGGAAUUGGAGCCAUACCAUGGGUUAUAAUGUCAGAGAUUCUUCCGGUCAAUAUUAAAGGCUUAGCUGGGAGUAUUGCCACACUUGCCAACUGGUUAUGCUCUUGGGUGGUCACCAUGACAGCAAAUUUGCUUUUGACUUGGAGCACCGGAGGUACCUUCACAAUAUAUAUGGUUGUUAGCGCUUUUACUGUGGCGUUUGUUUCUCUUUAUGUGCCUGAGACUAAAGGAAGAACUUUAGAAGAAAUUCAAAGGUCCUUCAGAUGAUGAUGGUCUCCUUUCCUCUUGGGUUGCUGUCCUCCCUUUCUCUCUUUUUUGAAGAGACAAUCUCCGCAUUCCCCAGCAUUGGGAUUUGGCACAUUCUCUGAGGGGAAGCAAGAUGUACAAUCACUUUCCGUAUAAAUGCAGGCAUUUUCUUUGCCCGGCAGCCACUUUCCGACUGUAUUGCUUUCAUGGCUUCAUUAAGUCAACUCUUCAGAGCCGUAUCUUUAAAAGAACUCGUCUGGUGUUUCGGCAUCGAUUAUAUUGUAUCUGUCACUUGAGGGAAGACUGGAUUGUUAGUGAAUCUGAAGAAAGGAAGUUUUGAUGGAGUUGUCUUGCCGCUUCUGCUCAUCAUUGAAUAGAGUCCCGAUACUUUUA